GCUCUCUCCAUCAAGAGCGCCUACACACAUGUCAGCCUCCUCGUAAGGAUAUAUAAUCGCACGUUGGGAUUCUAUUUGUAUAGUUUGUCGAAUUUCUCGCACAAGCAGAAUGGUUGAAGACAAGCCAGUGGAAUGUCCUCCGACAGGAGACGAGAUGUCUAAGAAAGCGCUGAAAAAGCAGCAGAAGGAGGUACAGAAAGCAGCAAAGAAGGCUGAAAGAAUGGCUCAGUCUCAUUCCCAGCAAGAAUCUACAAAUGAAACCGAGGAUGUGUCCGUGGGAAAGUAUGGGCAGAUGGAUAUGAUUCAGAGUAAGGAAACAUUCAAGGACAGAAUGUUUGUGGCGAUCAAGAAUCUGGAUAAAAAUCUAAACAAUCAGACAGUUUGGCUGAGAGGUCGGUUACAUACUAGUCGUGCCAAAGGCAAACAAUGCUUUAUCGUGUUGAGACAACAAUCGUACACUGUACAAGGACUAGCUGCGGUGAAUGAAGAGAUCAGCAAGCAAAUGAUUAAAUUUAUAUCAAACAUCACGAAGGAGUCUAUAGUCGAUGCGAUGGCCGUGGUGAUGCCUGUACCCUCGAAAAUCGAAUCGUGUUCGCAAAAAGAUGUCGAGGUUCAUCUGAAGGAAAUAUUUGUGGUGAGCGCCGCGAAGCCGCAGCUUCCCUUGCAAAUCGAAGAUGCCGCGAGACCCGUCGGCGAGGCAGACGAGACGACGCUGAACGUGAGAGUGAAUCAGGACACCAGACUGGAUAACAGAGUUUUGGAUCUCCGCACUCCGGCCAAUCAAGCGAUUUUCAAGGUGGAAGCCGGUGUUUGUAAGCUCUUUAGGGAUAUUCUGACAAGGAAGGGCUUUGUCGAGAUCCAUACUCCAAAAAUCAUUUCCGCAGCCAGUGAGGGUGGGGCGAACGUGUUUACGGUAUCUUAUUUCAAAGGCAAUGCUUACCUAGCUCAAUCGCCUCAAUUGUACAAGCAGAUGGCAAUUGCCGCAGAUUUUGACAAAGUAUUUACUGUCGGGGCAGUUUUCAGAGCGGAAGAUUCCAAUACGCACAGACAUUUGACAGAAUUUGUAGGCCUUGAUCUGGAAAUGGCUUUCAAGUAUCACUAUCACGAAGUGAUAAACACCAUCGGAGAAAUGUUUACCGAGCUGUUUAAGGGCCUACGCGACAAUUAUGCAGAUGAUAUAGCGGCGGUCAGUCAACAGUAUCCGGUGGAGCCUUUCAAGUUUCUCGAACCGGCUUUGAUAUUGGAGUACCCACAGGCGAUCCAAUUGUUGGCAGAAGCGGGCGUGACUCUGGGAGAGGAGGACGAUCUGUCGACGCCGGAUGAAAAACUUUUGGGGAAACUCGUCAAGAGUAAAUACGAUACAGACUUUUACAUUUUGGACAAGUAUCCUCUCGCUGUAAGACCUUUCUAUACUAUGCCGGAUCCAAAUAACCCUAAAGUGUCCAAUUCGUACGACAUGUUUAUGCGAGGUGAGGAAAUCAUAUCUGGCGCGCAACGUAUUCAUGAUCCGGAUUUUCUUACCGAACGUGCCAAGCACCAUGGAAUUGAUAUUGAAAAGAUCAAGUCGUAUAUCGAUGCCUUUAGAUAUGGUUGUCCGCCACACGCUGGUGGUGGCAUAGGCAUGGAACGCGUAGUGAUGCUGUAUCUCGGCCUGGACAACAUUCGUAAAGUGUCCAUGUUUCCGCGCGAUCCCAAACGGCUUACUCCUUGAAAGGCUCAACUUUGAAUGUACAUGUUGAGAGAAAGAGUACUCGAGUAAAAUCUUUUACCUUCAA